AUGGUCAAGCUCUGGAAGCUGCUCCUUCAGAAUCCCGUCCGGUCCUGUCGGUUUCUCUACACUUUCGGUGUUCAAAUCCUUCUGAUCGGACUGCGGGCUAUUCUCCUCCCCAGACUGCCACAUUACCAGACGCUGCGUUUGCAGCUUCACCGGGCAUACUGGUCGUCCAGUUCCUACUACUUCCCGGAGCUGAUCCAUCGAUUGCCUGUCGUUGACUGCCCCCUGGCUCGCGCGCGCAGAGUUGGCGCCAAAUUCACUGGAUAUGUAAUCCCCGGAACAGCCGAGCUCCGCGCGAAACCGAAUCACAAGCGACAAUGUGUUGUGAUCUAUGCCCACGGCGGCGGGUAUGCCCGUGGCGAGGCCCGGAUGUAUCUUAACUACAUGGAUCGAUGGGUCACUGGCGCCGCGAAGGAGGGACUGGAACUUGUGUUUCUCAGUGUGGAAUAUCCACUCACACAUGAGGCAACCCAGCCUGCUCAGCAACAGGCCUUUCUGCAGGCCUAUCAGUAUGUCUUGGGUUGCGGGAUAUCACCGUGCAACAUCGUCUUUAUGGGCGACUCGGCUGGAGGUGGUCUUUGCAUUCUGAGCUGCCUAGCAGCCAAGCAGGACCAUCUUCCCCAACCGGCAGGCACUGUGCUGAUAUCACCGUGGAUGGACAUGUCGCUGAAGGCCUUCGAGGGUGGGAACGCCCUCGUUGAGACCGACUACAUCGUAGCGGCCAAUACGACUGUGCCUAAAUUUGUCGACGCCUGGCUGGGCAGCGAACCUGGAAAGUCGCCCAAGGUCAAUCCGCUGUCCUGUGCGCCCUCUGCGUUCAGUGGAUUCGGUCCAGUCUUGAUUCUGGUUGGUGGGGGCGAGUUUGCCCUACAGGAAGGAAAGGAUUUGGCUGCUCUGCUUGAGAAGGCUGAUGUUAGGCACCAUCUCCAGGUGGAAUGGGGGCAGAUGCAUCUGUAUGGCCUGGGCUCGGCCUGGGUGGAUCCGAGCGUGCGCAGAAAAACAGACGCAAUGAUUCAUCGUUGGAUGUUAGAUUGUCUGUCUCAUGCGUAA